AUGUCGGCGCCGCAGCCGCUGCAGAUCCGCGAGGCGAACGCACACCUGGCGGCUGUGCACCGCCGCGCCGCGGAGCUGGAGGCGCGGCUGGACGCGGCGGAGCGCACAGUGCGCGCCCAGGCCGAGCGCCUGGCCCGCCACGACCAGCAGCUGCGCGCUGCCCUGGACGAGCUGGGCCGCGCCAAGGACUGUGAGCUUGCCGCUCUCCAGGAGCAGCUGCUGACCUCCGAGGCCACUGUCCGCAGCCUGCAGGCUGCUGUGCGUCAGAGGGAUGAGCUCAUUGGGCAGCUGCAGCCCCGGGCGGAGCUGCUGCAGGACAUCUGCCGUCGCCGGCCACCCCUGGCCGGGCUGCUGGCUGCCCUGGCGGAGGCUGAACGCCUGGGGCCCCUGCCAACCAGAGACCCCAGCCACCCACUCCCUGGUGGGCCCAGUCCACGCCUUGCCAACAGUACUGGGGAAGAGGAGGACAGGGACCACCUCCAGCCUGCAGUGUUUGGGACCACUGUGUGA